CGCGCGUUCGUAUCGCACGCACGUGUCUUCAGCUCCGACCGCGGCAGUGCAGCCUCCCGUCAGUAUUCCACUCGCCGCAACAGUCCGGUCACAACUCAAUACUUGAAACGGAGACUUUAGAACGACACCGGACAUCCGUAAAAUCAGAAUGAAGACUUCAGUGUACUUAGUUGCGGUUUGCGCAGCACUGGUGGCAGUGUACGCUGCGCCUGCGCCGAACCCAGAACCGAACCCUGAUCCUGCACCACAACCAGACCCAGCGCCGUCUCCUGCUGAUGAUAGACCGGAAAUCAUAGAAAUUAUAGCGCCAGCUGCAAGUGCACAGGAAACGCUGUCAACACUGAACUUAGGUGCUCCCGGUUCGGAUCUGAGCGAACGAAAUAAGCGCACGAUUGGUAUUCUGAGACAGCUCUUCCCUACUCUCACACAGAUUAUCGAACAAAAAGUACAGCAGAUCACAAGCGUGGUGCUGCAGACCUUCGGUCCUAUAGUUCUAAGGACCUUCCUUGGCGGAAACCGGAGUGGCGGUGGCGGCAACAAGGGAGGUGGAGGUGGCACCGUCGAGCUCGACGACGAUGAUGAUGACGACGACGAUGAAGACGCAACUCCCGUCUCUUCCACUACACAAGCAACCACAACCAAAGCUGCCGAUGCUGGCACGCUGAGAAGAAAGCGGGCGCUCUUCUUCCUGCCGAACGCGGUUGCCGACGAGAAUCAACUUUUAUCUGGAGCUGAAUCACAACAAGCUGAAGUUCGCGUAGCGUUCGGUGAAGGUCAAGGAGGACAAGACCAGCAGGUAGCUGCUAGUGAAGAUCAACAGGCAGCUGCUCAAACUAACUCCGCCAGUAUCGACGAGAUCACACUCGAUGAUGCCGAUACCAGUGAAGAAAACAGAAACAAAAGAUUCCUAAGUGGAGGUGGACAAAAUGGUGCCACCGGUGGCGGAUCUGGCAACUUUAUAUUCGAUAUCGUUAGGCGUCCAGCGGAGGCGAUGGCUCGUGCAGCUGGCACAGCGUUUCGACUGUUCGCAGGAACAGAUUCCCUAAACGUCGGUCUCUCAGCCUCCCACACUGCAUCAUUGGACCCAAAUAAUCCACAAUUGGUAUCCGGUACUUUCGCCUCGUCCUCUGCUGAUCCUGGCGCGCCCGCUGACGGUGACGACGCGUCUGCUGCCAAGGGUGAUAACCUCACCGAGGGAGUCCCCGGACCCAUCACUAGGCUCUUCAUUAUUGCCAACAGAGGCAUCGCCAACCUCAUCCAAGACCUCAUCCUGCGUAUCGCCCAAACCUCGGAGAGGAUAGUCAACUUCAAGGCGCGACUGAUUACAUCUAUCAUUUAACGCGUGAGCGUGUAGACAAUUAGUUUAGGUAGUAGGGUAGACAUGGGCCUGGCCGCGAAUGGAUGCGUCUCCCAACCGCGAUAUGAGAAGCAAAACAGGGCGAAAAGUAACAACAGGUAUUAAUUUAAACAUUGGUCCGAAUAUCCCAUUCGGAUAUUGAUCUGUGAUACGAUUGCUUAAUAAACUUUAUGCUAUCCACAUCUUUAAAAUUUUAAUAUAAUAGUAUCAGAUUUUUUCUGUAUAUGAUCAAACCUAUUCUUGUAUCCUAUAGUUUUGUAUAUGGCUGUGUAUGACCUGUUGGUUUCUACUUUUGACGGCAAUAUUCAGUUUCGGAGCGAGGUCCUAUAUCAGCGCUUCUUAAGUAGGUAGGAUAUAUUAUAAUACAUUAUAACUUUGUAGCGCUUUUCCCUCGCUCUUUAAAAGACUGACUUUAUGGACGUAAUUAGGAAGAUCUGAUAAAACUAGCAAUAAAUAUAAUAAUUUAAUUAGUAGAGGCAGAAAUAAUGGGAAUCCUAAAUAUGUACCUAGUUUAGUAGUUGGUUAAUUUAAUUCUUAACAUAUAAGUAGGGGAACUAUUUUUUGGUUGCGAGUCAGUCAAGCUAUUCUUUAUGAACAAAAAACUAAUAGGAAGAAUUAUUGAGGUUUCGAGCCUUAGUAUAAAACCGAUAUCUCAUGAGACCGAGCUAAUGUUCAUUUGAAGAAUUUAGUGGCAAGAGGUAGAUGUAGUGUAUCUAAUAUAUAAAUGUGGGGUUGCCAGAUCUCCUAAUUACGUCCAUAAAUGUUGGGUAUGUCGAAUGGGAGCGCGUCGUUUCCAUGGUUCCGUGUUGCGGCCGCGAAUGCAGGCGCGCCGGAUGGGUCCGCUGGAAACCUACAACGGAUACGAACACGGGCAGUGUGACCAUAUAUGGCAGUGUCAUGCCUUUUUAGCAGUACUAGUACAUUUAUUUAUCUUCUAACAUACAUUUUGGAGUAUUGAUAUUGUCAACAAACAAUUUAUAAAUUUCUGUUAUUGACUACUAAAUAUUCUAUAUGAAAAUUAUAAGUUAUCUGUCUAAUUAAUACAAAUCCUGUUUGCUUACUGAGUUUUUGUAGUUCUUAUUCUUCGUAUGCUAUAUAAUUGAUUUUUAAUGUCAAUACAAAUAAAAAUUUAUAUGUCAACGUUUAUAGUUCAUAUAGACUAUGGCAUUAUUUUGCAUUAAUAUGGGAGAAAAUCCGUAAUUUUAACAUGGUUACACUGAUCGUGGUCGCAGGCGCGCCGGCGGUCGGCGGUGGCGUGGCGCGGC